AGAGAUUAUGAUCCGUUUAAGGAAUUAGCCAGAAACAUCGAGAGCAUCUGAGGAACAUCAGAGCUCUAAACCUGAAGCAUGUCUCAGAGGAGUAAAUCAUCCUCCAGUCAAAAUUCUUCUUCCAGUUCCUCUUCUCCAUCAGAUCCUCCGUUACGCUCAUCUUUGAAAAGCAGCACUAAAGAACCUAAAGAUGGGAAUCCGAAAAGAAAAAUCAGCCAGAGUUCGGUAACGGCGUACACGUCCUUCCUGAACACGCUGUUUGGACAGGACAGAAAGCUGAUGCCGGAGGAGUUGGAUGAGCUGCAGCUAGCCUUUAAGGAGUUUGAUUAUGAUCAAGACGGAUAUCUGCACUAUAAAGAUGUAGCAGACUGCAUGAGGACGAUGGGUUACAUGCCAACAGAGAUGGAGCUGAUCGAGAUCAUCCAGCAGAUCAAGAUGAAGUGGGGCGGUCAUGUGGAUUUCGAUGAUUUCUGUGACCUCAUGGGCCCGAGGAUGCUGAUGGAGACGGCUCACAUGGUGGGAAUGCGAGAGCUGCACUGUGCUUUUAAACAGUUUGAUUGUAAUGGAGAUGGAAGGAUCAGCUUCGAGGAGCUAAAGGAGUCGAUGAAAACACUGCUAGGUGAAAAGCUGAAGAAGGGAGAGCUGGAGGAGAUUCUGUCUGACAUCGACCUCAACGGAGAUGGAACCGUGGAUUUUGAUGAGUUUGUGAUGAUGCUCUCGGCUCGGUGAUCUCCUCCUGGGGCUUCAGAAGAACCGUGUGUUUAUUAGAUCUUAUUCUGCAUAAAGAUGUGAGGCAUGUAGUAUAGAAAACAAUAAUAAUAUUUAAUACAUUUUGAAAAAGUAUUGUUUAACAAGUGAAUUUAUGUUCAAUAUAAUAAAACUCAUUUUUAUUAAUAUUAAACUAACACACAUUAUAUUCCUGUAGUAAUGUCU